GUCGUGUGUGUCACAUCACACAUCUCUUUCUCCAUCGCAGCAUCUGACAUCUGAACCUACCACAAUCAACAAUCUACAAUCAAAUCGCGUUACUCUCUUCUCGCGUGCGGUACACACAAUUCUUUCUCUUCACGUUCCUGCUGAACCUCACUCGAUCAUCCGGUCGAUAUAAUCACUCGAAAAAUUGCACCCUCGACCUUUGCGUACUGGGCGGCCAGUUAUAAUUUCUUUUCGAGCGUCGGUAAAAAUUAAAAAGAGGUGAAGUCCGACGCCCUGGGCGGCCCAAUUAGCUUUUUUUCAAGGGGGGUGGUUACUACGGAGAAAUGAAGCGAAGAAAAAUAGCCGAGUUACUUUUUUGGUUGGUUUGUCUUAAUGAUGCUUUGUGUAAUUGUUGGUGUUUGGCUACGACUACAGAACAUUCGGCUGGUUUGACAGUUAAUAAAUUUCAAAGUGCUUUACACCAACAGAACACCUUUACAAUUCUCAGUUCGAUAGAAGAAAGGCUACGCAGCCUGGAUAAUGUAUACUCAAUGCAGCUGUCACAAAACCUGGAGGUUAAACUGGACCAAUACAACCGAAAACUGGAGAACCUCGAUAAUAAAAUUACGCGGCUGGAAGCGUUAGUGAUGUUGAAUUUGGGCAAAGUAUCGGAAAAUAUUAGUACCAAAAAUUUUAAGGACGAUUUAACUAAGACGGAUAUUUUGAGAAAAUUGGAUUCGACGUAUGAAGGCGUAACCCAUCGUUUGAAUUAUAUCGAGAGAAAGCUCGAAGUGAAUUCUGAAUUAUUUCAGGACAAAUUAGAAGCUAUGUUUAAACAUUUAGAUAAAAUGGAUAAAGACGCCAUCAAGCGCGAUUCAGAUCUGGAGACUGAAGUGUCAGCCGCAAUAUCUGGUAUCAAGAAUCUUACAACUACAUAUAAAAUUUUGGAAAGGAAAGUUAUGAAUGUUACCGAGGAUGAUCUAGCAGUUGCCAAACAUACACUCAACUUAUUAACAAAAUAUAAUAUGGAAAAUAGAAAAUCUGUGAACAAGCUACAUGAUAAUAUUGUAGGCAACCUACAAUACCUUGAUAACAGAACAAGUCAGCAGAUGAAGAUAUCAGACGAUACUAAUACUUUCCUGAAGCAAAUGAAAAUCGAAUUAAAAGAAGAUUUCAAUAGUUAUGCUAAUAAGGUAGCAGAUAUGAACUCGGAUAUGUGGAAGAGUACAGAUACUACAGAAGACGAUUUAAAAAAUAUCGGAGUCAUUGUAAACAGUACAAAGGUGGAAUUGCAAAAUGGAGUACGCUCGUUAAUGAUUCAGAUUGGAAAACUAUCUCACAAGGAUACGGCGCUCGUAAGUGGUGUUGACUACAAAGAUUUAGAUAAAAAGCUGACAGCGAACAUUGAGAAAAUAUUAACCAACCAAGAUGUAUUUUUGGAAAGCUGUCAUCGACUGCAAAUGGACGAGUCUCAAAUAGAAUCAGAAAUAAGCGUCAUGUUAAAUAAGCUCAUCGACAUGUUGGAAAAGAAGUUAUCUACUGAAGCAAAGGAUAUGAAGAAUUUCGAAAAAAAUCUGAAAAGUCACGAUAACAGAAUAAACCGGAAUAUGAUGCAAGCAAAUCAAAAUAUAAUUUCAUUAUUCGAAAAGUCAACAGUUAACGCCCAAUUGCUUACAAACGAAAUUAGAAAAGUGGGUACCGAUAUAAACGCCCUAUUUACAUUUGUCCAAACUACCAUCAACGAUGGGUCAGCAACUACAUCUGUAGCGACAACUAAGGUUAUUCUGGACAAGUUAAUUUUACUGGAAAGAACUAGCAGAGACAUUCAAUAUAUACUCUACAAUGAAAAACCAGAAAAUGUAUCUAAUUAUCAGAUCCAUAAGGAAAUUCAAAGAUUGACAAAAUCACUAACUACCUCAAUUGAAAAGAUAAAUAAUUCCUCCAGAAACUCGCAGUUAUGUCAAAACAACGUUGUUAAAAAACUAGAGAAUAUUAUACAUAAACGAAAUGACACAGUUAGUUCUCCUCAAUUCUUACCUACAUCAACAAUAACUCCUCUACAAAAUCAUACGAUAAGAGAAUCUGUUGCCAAAAUAUUUGGCGAAAAGCCCAAGCCCAAGAGGAAAUGCAAGCAGAAUGUAAGGAAUCUAAUAGAUAUCACAGCAGGUGGUGAUUGUGAAGAACAAACGAAAAAUCCAAGAAGGCCCGCUAGAAAAAGGAAAAUGAAGUAUGAUAUCGAUAUAAGGACAGACCUUAAUUCAGAUAAUAAUGGGAACGAUGAUGAAGAUGAAGAUUACACUGAUACGACAGCUACAACAACAGAAGAAUCAACAACAACAGAAAUCACAACUUAGGUGUACCUUAAAAGUUAAGAGCAAUCAGUUUAAAUUCACUUCAUCUUAUUUUUAUAUAACUGUUUAUUAUUAUUACAAUUUUAGAUAUAUUUUUUGCAAUGAUCCAAACAAAAAGCCAGUAUAUGUAUCUUAAAUAAAUAAAUAUACAUAUAUCUUUUAUAUAUUACCAUAAUUUUAUCAGUUUUAUCAUAUAACAGAUGUUUCCAAGGGCGGAUCCAGGACCGAUUUUCGGGAGGGGCCAUGAACUUUUUUUUGGGGAAGUGUACCGGGGGGCCAGGGGGUAAUUUUUAAAAAUUACGGUUAAAAUGGUGAGUUUGAAGGCACUUUUUACACACUUUUGAGUUCUAUAAAGACAUUCAAAAGUUAUCGUUAUUAAAGUAUUAUUAAAGUUGUUACCGAUUCAUCCACAUUUCUUCGGAUCCAAGUGCAGUUCUUUCAACAAGUUUAAUACUAUUUUUUCCAAUGCUUCUCCUGUCACUCUGUCAGGCCUUCUUCUUCCCUUCUUUCUUGAUUUUCACUAAUAAUUGUUUUUAUUAUGUUCUCAUACGCGUCAAUUAACUUGACAAAGUUUUCACGAAUGUUGUUAUUGUGUAUGUAUUUCAAAUUUAGAUAAAGCUGUUCUACGUGGGAUACGUCGGUUAUUUCGUCAAAUAUGACAGAGUAAUAAUUUGCACUUUGAACAUGAUUCAUGUUUUGUUCAAUUAUUUCUUCACCACAACAUGUUAAUAAUUAUUGAUUUUGACUGGUGUUACUAAGGUAUGUUGCUGCGGAUAGGUGUCGUUGAAUAGUCUUAUCUCCUGAUGAGAUUUUAAAUCUUAACAAUUCCCCUUAUCGCUAGGUCCAGCAUCUUCGUCUAGAAGCAGAAGGCCAUCAUCAUGACAGCCUCUUAGAGGAAUAUUUUGUCGACCUAAGAACACUAUAGAUAGACUCUACUAUUGAUCGUAGUCUUUCUUUAUUUUCUUGUAUCUGUUUAGAUCUUUGAGAGUCUUUCUGGUUUGACUGACUUUUGCGGGUUUUGAUAACUUUGUAGAAAAUCCACCUAAACCUUAGCGCACUCCUUGUGAUAUGAUGUUUUUUCAUGGAUUUGUAUGGCUCCGUCUUUGCCCAUGAGUUUGGCGAAAGAUGUUAAAGGUUUCAUGAGAAGGCUUUCGGCUGUCAUCCCUUUAUUAUGACCAUAUUUUUCAUUAGAAAAAUAAAAUUCAAUACUUGUAAAACAAUCCCUUUUGACUGUUCGAAAAUACCAACCAACUCCUUUGUUAUAAGUUCUGGUGAUCCAAGUAACGCUUCAUUUCUUUUUUAUUCUUUGUGUGUAUAGAAUAUAGAAAUUGAUAGGAUUUUGAUGGCAAGAUCGUUUUAACAAUUGGCACUUAUCUAUAUUUUGAUUUAUAAAACAUCAUAUGUCAUUCUUGAAGCUUCUGUUACUGCUUUUGUUCAAUUCUAGUCCAGAAAACAUAUUUAUCCCCUGUUUUAUACAUAAUAUUAUAUGUGUUUGAAACUAAGAACAUUUGAAAUGCCAAUAUAUAAAUUUAUAUUUUUUUAAAUUCUCGGAGGGGGCCAUGGCCCCAUGGCCCCCUCCCUGGAUCCGCCCUUGGAUGUUUCUAUAUUAGAAGAAAUAAAAAAAACUUACAAUGAAGAAAAAAAAUCUAAUUUAUGGUAAUAUGUAUAAUAAAAAAAUAUAUACCAUCAUAUUAUAAGUUUGUUACUCCAUUGUAAGUUUGUUUAAACUAUGGUAAACAGCCAACAACUUUAUACAGCCAACAACUGGGAUUUUUCCUUUUAUUUUUUUUAUAAAAAAAAUUCAAAACAGUCAAAAUAUCAGAUUAACAGUUAUACAUAGCUAAACAUCUGUGUUUUAAAGAUGCCAUUUUUUAAAAAGUUGUAAGAUAUAAACUGUUGUUUAUUAUUAUAUUAUGUACUUAUGCUGUGAACUUGUAAAUAAAACUAUUUGUAUGUUUAUUUUUAAUGUUAUACUAACAAAAUUGUGUAUUAAACAGUAUUAUGCAGACA